CGCUCACGUCCCCACCGCCACCGCCUCCACUGGCAACUCGCUCGCUGUCCUCCUCGUCGACGCCGUCCAUCAUGUCCGGCCCAGCAGAACAAUCUUUCAGAAAUAAUCUCUCCCAAUUCCGAUGGGCACAGUCAAAUAACGCGGAGCCUCAGCAGGACGCGGCGGGUCCUCCGUCAGGGCGGUUCGCGCGUUUCUACAACGCCAUUGGAGGUGGCUACAUACCCUUGCGCUCGACGGAGCGGUCAAACGAUGAGGAGGCGUACUUUGCACUAUCAAGAUGGGAGAGGCUGCUUGGAUUCGGAGGCUGCUUGAUUGGCGCAGCAGUCUGUUUCUUCGUCGCGUUCUUGACGCUGCCUAUGAUUGCUCUCCGACCAGCAAAGUUCGCCCUUGCGUUCAGUCUGGGGAGUUUGCUGAUCAUGUUUGGAUUCUCGGUCCUCAUUGGGCCGAUCAACCACUUAAAACACCUCGUAUCCAAAGAACGGCUACCGUUCUCGUGCGCGUACAUCGGUAGUCUGGCCCUUACGCUCUACUUCUCCCUUGGACCACAUUCAUACCUCGGUUCCCUCAUAGGCGCCAUCAUACAAGUUGUCGCUCUAGUUUCCUACGUGCUCGCAUACUUUCCAGGAGGGGUCACAACACUGCGCUUCGGCGGCCAAAUGGCCCUGCGGGGGGCUGGCAACCUGCUCCCGUUCUGACGUGUAUACUUACUGUUAUUGCUCCUGCCGUCUUGGGAUGUUUAUGCUAGCCAGAUUCAGUG